CUCGAAGAGUCCACCCUGCAGCAUGAAGCCACCGCUGCAGCUCUUCGCAAGAAGCAGGCCGACAGUGUGGCAGAGCUGGGAGAACAAAUCGAUAACCUCCAGAGAGUCAAACAGAAGCUGGAGAAAGAGAAAAGCGAGUACAAGAUGGAGAUCGAUGACCUCUCCAGCAAUAUGGAGGCUGUCGCCAAAUCAAAGGCAAAUCUGGAGAAAAUGUGUCGCACUCUUGAGGAUCAACUGAGUGAGUUAAAGACCAAAAAUGAUGAACAUGUGCGACAGCUGAAUGACAUUGUGGUACAAAGGGCAAGACUGCAAACAGAGAAUGGUGAAAUCAGUCGCCAACUGGAGGAAAAAGAAGCCCUGAUCUCGCAACUGACAAGGAGCAAGCAGGCUUACACCCAGCAGAUUGAGGAGCUCAAGAGGCAUGUUGAAGAGGAGGUUAAAUCCAAGAACGCCCUGGCUCAU